AUGAAGAGAUCAUUUCUAGAACGGGAAAACAUAAUAUCUCCUCCAUUAUCACCAAACAAGUCCCACAAUAAUGGAGAAAAACGCGUUCCUAAUGAUAUUAUACCUUUGAAUCAAUCAAAAUCUGUUGCAUUACUGGCCUUAAUGUUACUAAAUGAAUUAUCUUAUAAUGAUGAUGAGAUGAUCGAUGACUUGAUUAUCGAUAAGCCAGUUAAAGUUGUUAUCUUCCUUGAUGCACAGGGUAAACAAUUUAUAGAUUUUUUCCAAAAUCAAAUGCCCGAUGAAUUAAAAGUGCUGGUCAUUUUUGUAUCUCAUGGUUUGAAAGAAGACCAAAUAACUAAUCAUCAACUUCAAAAUAGCAUACUUGUAAAUAAUUCCCAAUGUACCCAUUUAACCAAAGCAUUCAAAUUAUUACAUCCUUUAGGUGGAGGAGUUUAUCCAUUAAACUAUUUAACUAUUAUAUCUAAUGGCUUAAUUAGAGUCAAAAUUCCAAUAAGAUUAAGUCAGUAUAAUUCUCAUGAAAAAUUCGGAGCUUCUAUAGAUGAUAUUGGUAGUUUAUUAUAUGAACUUCUUCCAUUUUUAUAUUAA